AUGGAUUCUCGAUCCCUCCUGGACGAAGCUAUCGAAUGUGCGACGAUUACACGCUUGCAAAGGACCAUUCGCGAGAUGUGCGACCGAUCUGAUGAAGCUCUUCAGGUAGCUCGGGAGGCGCUGCUAGUGAGGAACGAAGAUGAGCAGAAGAAAGAGGACGUAGCGAAAGACCUAGGACCUUCGAGCACAAACAAGCGCAAGAGAGCAUCGGGUGAGAUGAUGAAGCGCUAUGAAAUCUGCAAGCAGUGUAAGCAAGAGUACGAUGUUACGAAAAAUUGGCCGGAAUCUUGUGUUUGGCACCGCGGUCUUCUAUUCGUUGAUAACGAGCAUGAAACCUGGGUUGACUGGCCUGAUUUUAUGGACAUGUACUCCGAAGAAACCCAGAACGAGUACCCUGAAGGAUUCAUAUGGGACUGCUGUGAGAAAAGAGGUACCGAGCCAGGUUGUCAAAAGAGUAUUCAUCGACCGAAGGAUGCCAAGAGGGCUAGACGGGAGGUAUGA